AUGACGCCAGAAGAACUUGCUCUCCUGUUCAAGCGGCGAGGCGACUUUGACAGCACACGCAAGAACCUAUUGAACGAUUUUCAGAGCAGUUCCGUUGGAAAGCAGUUUACGACACAGCUGGGCGACAUUUUACAGAGCUGUAUCAAUGAAGAUCCGAGCCUGCUCCAGCGCGAAAAGUCAGAGUUUCAUCAACUCAUGGUCGAGCGCAUUUCAAAGUCAUCCGAGUACAAGAAGGUGCAACAGUUUGUCGACUCGCUGCUACAGCCCACGCAGUACAUGAGCAAGAUCGAGGACACUCUUAUGACCAUUGUCAGAGAACAGGUACCGCCGCUAGAGAAAGGGAAGGAAGAAGAACAGGAAAAGGAAACGGAAAAGGACCACAAGAGCUUCAAAAGGAACCACGUCGCUGGCUCGACGAACCAUGUUAAGGAGGAAGCAGGAUCUACUCAAACCAACUCUAAACAUAAUUCUACAACGUCCUCUUCUAACUCACUACUACCCUCCCUCUCAAAGUCAACUUCAUUACCUCUGAGGCGAGAUGACCUUAACGUUUCAAGAUCGACAGAGAAACGUCCAAAGGAUCGACCGACUAGGCGAGAUCUAGACCUCAGCUUACCACCACGACCUCAACCAAGAAAGAAGGAUCCUCUUCCAAGCACAAACAACACAGCCACCAACAGUAGCAGCACUAAUAACAUCGCCACCAAUGGCGGCGGUAAUAUUCCAGGAUCCGUCAUCAAAAAGGAACCCAGUCCUCAGGAACCUAGUCCCAUGACAGGGGAAGCAGUGUCCCUCUCAGAGAGUUCAGGAAAGCCGAGCGAGAGUAAUGGAGGCAGUGGUAACAAUCUCAGUACUGAGGGUUCGUCAAGGAAGGUGGUAACAAAGAAGAGGAACAGGCGACGCAGUGUGGAUUCGAAUUCUUCGCUUUCGGAUCCACCUUCAAGCUCAGGUCCGGAAUCAGAUGGCGAUGGUGGAGAGCGAUCAGGAAGUCGAGCCAAGAAAUUGGCGAAGAAAGCCCUCAAAGAAAUGGAGUACUUGAACUCGAGUCAAGAAAAAGGUGUGACUGUGGUACAGGAUCUGUCUUCACAGGAAAAUAAUGCGUCGACAGAGGGAGCUGAAGCAGCAUCUAAAGUAAACCCAACAGCAACUCCAGCUAUGGACACUAUAAUGGAGGAACCUGCAGCAGAAGAGGACUCCAACAAGGCGCCAGCUACAGAGGAAUCAAAGGACAAGUCUGUGAUAGAAUCAGAACCAGAACCAGAACCAGAACCAGAACCAGAACCAGAGGCGAGCUCUGAGAUGAUUGAGGACGAGGUUAUGAUGGAUGAGGUCAAGGACAAGGAGGCUAGCGCUGACUCUGAAAUGGACAUUGGUUCGCCUUCAAGUGCGACAUCUGCUGUCAAGAACAAGGAGCCUUCAGUGACCAAACUUGAUGAGCCUAAAGAGGCGGUCGAGGAUAAAAUCGAGUCGAUAAAGGUCUCAACGCCAAGCAGGGAGGACAGCAAGGAGCUAGCAGCCGAUACUGCCCCCAAGUCUCCCGUUACGCCAGCUGCGACUCCAACAGCUGCAUCGACGACCCUAUCAAGCCCACCCUCGACUCAUUCUGCAUCUGCACCCGUAUCCCAGCAAAGCUCGCCUGCGACUCCUAGUGCUGUAAACAGUGGCAGCAACAAUUAUACUCAUCGCAAACGGGACUCGGAGGCAACAGAAUCCGUCCUCAUCAUCCUCAUCCGGUCAUCAUGGAUCACAUCCAAAGCGGACGGGCCAUCAACCGCUGCCUCUUCCACCCCGACCGAACAUUGUGCCCUUGCCACCCAAACCAGCAGUGCUGUCACUGAACAGGAAGCCCAACAGUCAUUCUCGGAACACUUCUUCAACAGUAGGUGGAGUCGGUGUUGGUACCACGUCAACAUCUGGUCUUUCGACGCCAUGUACGAUCCCUGCUUCUGUAUCCAGCGCUGCUACAUCCACCCCCGCCACCAUCACCACCGCUGCUAUUACCUCUACUGUCGCUACUACUACGACCACGCCUGCUAUCGCAACAUCGGCUGCACCGACAAUGGGUUCGAAACAGGAGAAGAGUCCUGUCGUAACGUCCCCAACCGUGCUACCUGCAGCUACAGCUAUGCCAGCAUCAUCAUCGCCAUUGACGGCUUCGGCUUCGGCUUCGUCUUCGUCUUCAAAGCCGAAACCUCAUGGAAGAACACCGAUCCCACUCCCGCACAAGCCGAUUCCCUUGCCGCCGAAGCCCAGUAUUGGAGCAUCAGGAUCAUCAUCUUUGUUGUUGAAGAAGAAGCACAAGUGAAAGAGCAACCAUACGGAAGAAGACGAUUUUUUUUUUCGAAAUAG